GGUGUUAUGCAAGCGAAACCGUCAGUAGGUCAACAGCAUUAUCAUCAAAAUAAUAAAUCAUUAUUCCACUCAUAAUGUACAUUAAACAAUCGUUUCUUUACUUAUCUAUAGACAGGUGUAGUUAAAAACGAUAUAUUUUUACAUCAAUUGAUCUUUUUGUAUAUUUUUUUUCUCAUCAUGUCAUAGUUUUACUUUUAGAGUAUUAAAUAUUUUUACAGCGCUGGAUCUAACUUUUAAAAAAAUCAAAUGAAGAAUUAAAUGUUCAAUAAUGACAGAAACUAUUAUUCAACUUAUAUAAUAUUUUUAAAAUAGAUAAAUUACUAUCUUACCUAUCUGAAAAAUAAAAUUAUAUAUGUACUUUUUUUAUUUUAACUGGUAGGUUUUGGUAUUAGUAGUGAAGUAGUAUUUGCAGUAAUCUUACUAGUAGUUAUUGUGAAAUUGGCUUAUACUUUUCGCACGCUCUUGUUUCGCACCUGAGCAUGUCUUUAGCUUCUUCUAUCAUCUCUGCCCCUUGUAUUAACAACUGGUGGUUGCAGUUACAGGCGAUGAAAUGGCCACAAUUACUGCCACACAGCGUGUGGUGAAUAAUCAUCUGACCAACAUCAAUUAUCAUCAUUUGUCAAGUGUAAUUAAAUACUUGAAUAAUCAGCAACAGACACCACAACAACUGCAACAGCCAAAAACAUGGACCACAACCAAUGCAUUGUCAAUAUCGCAAAGAUAUUUUGAGAAGAUUGCCCCAGCAUCUGUUGGCAUUCCAGCAUUGAUGAAUCAAAAUUUUUAUGAUAUGCAGGAUUCUGGUUCAGAUGCAUCUGGUCAUGAUGGCUAUGGAAGACACAGGAGACAUAAUAGGGACAAGGAACCUAUAUUUCAAUGCCCCGACUGUGAUAAAAGGUAUCGCUCUAAAACCAGCUUAAGUCUACACAAACGUCUUGAAUGUGGAAAAGAACCAGCCUUCCAGUGCCCAUACUGCCCGCUCAAAACACAUCAGAAAGGUAACCUGCAAGUGCAUAUAAAAAAGAAACACAACGAUCACGGAGAACUUAAUAGGACUUAUUGAAUUAUAUUAGUAAAACAACAUUGGUCUGAUAAACAUUUAGAGAGAUGAUAGUGCCAUCCUCCCAGAGUCAUAACUUUUAAUACAUUUCCAAAGGACAUAAACAAUAGAAAUAUUCCAAUUUAUCUCAAUACAUAAACCAAAAUAUAUAAAAUAGAUUCAAAAGGCUGGUUAUAAAACUCAUUUGCUUAAAUUAUAUUUCUUAAACUAAUAUUUUUUUUUUACUUUGUUGAGUAAUUUUAGGUUAAUUGAUGAAUUGUUAAUUGAUAAAUUAUUAAUUAAUAAAAACAACUCUAAUAUUAAUAAUACAUUCAAAAACUACCCUUUUAGUUACUUUAUUAUUGAUAAGAUUUAUUUUUCUUUAUAAAAAUUAUUAAUUUUCAUUUAAUAACUUAUUUUUUAUCCCAUAUAUUGGAGUAUCAUGAAAACAGGGUGUUAUUUUUCAUAUUUACAUAUACUCCUUAUAAUUUCCUUAUUAAUAAAUUUUAUGUUUUCUGAUACUUGAGUAACUAAUUUCUUAUAAUAUCAAUUUACGUAUACGGUAUUAAUCUCUAAUUAAUAUAUAAUGCAAACGACUGAUGUGCUUUUCUUACCAAAAUUAUGUAAAAACGUAAAACAUUCGACCCGUACCUUUUGGCACUGAAAUUCACAGAUGAAAAUGAAUCACCCAAAUCAAAUCUAUUGUAUAUAAUAUAUUAGAAGAAAAAACAGUACAAAAUAUGUGUUCGUUUAACAUAAGAGUAUAUACACUCUUGAUAACAAUUUAUUUUAUGGACCAAAAUGUCUGCAUAUCUGAGUUUCCAAACAAUAACAAAUAAAUUAUGUGACCAUUUAAUAUUUUUGAGGGUUGCGUAAUUAAUGACACAUUGGUACUACAUGCCUUGUCCAUGUAAUCAUUUAUUAUAAUUUUAUUCAUACCAAAGUUUUUUUUAAGUACAAAUGAUAGAUAUAAUUAACAUAAAUAUAAUUUUUCCUUAAUGAUUGUAGUAUUUUGUUUUAGUAUUAUAAUACAAUAUGUUUAAAAAAUAGUUUAUAAUAUGCCAUUAUUUUUACCAAAGUUACCUAUCUCAAACUACUAAGAUAUUUAUGUACUGUUAACUAAACCGUUUACAAAAAUGUGCCUUACACUUGGCUACCCGUGACUUACUAUUUUAAUAAAUAUUUCCUGGUUUUAAACAAUUAAAAACGGUUCAAUGAGACUCAUACUGGGUGGUAUAUUAUCUCUUUAAAUGCAGUAAUAAAAUAAAAUACAUAACAUUACUUUCCAAAGAAUAUACAAAUAAUAAUUAUUUCAUUUUAAAAAUGCAAUGUUGCUCUCUUGACCUAAGAUCUCCAAAGAUAUAUAUAAAUAUAUAUAUUAUUAAAUAUUAUAUAAUACAAUAAUUUAUAAAAGUUUAAUUAUUAGCAAUAAGAAACAUACUGUCUGAAUGUAAAAUCUAUAAAAAAAAUCCACCUCAUAUUACUACGAGUAGUUUAUUCCGUUAAUGAGUGCAAUUUUUCCUAUUUUAUAAAAUGUAACUAUGUAUAAAAAAAAAGUUAUACGUCUUGUUCCUAGUUACUUUUUUAAUAUUUAUUUACAUAUUCAUAUAUUAGUUAUGUAUAUAUAUAUUAUAUAUAUAUAAAUUAACAUAUUAUUAUUACUAUUAUUAUUUUUUGUAAUUUUAUUUUUUGUAGUACAUUUGUCUACCUCAUUAAUAGCUUUAAAAAACAAAAUGUACAAUAUUACUGUUUAUUUUUUAAACUAUUAUUUAUUAUUAUUACAUCACUUAUUGCAUUAGAUAUUAAGCCAUCAAGACUAAACCAACACUUGAAGUACAAAUAUGCGAUUGCAGGAAUUUAUUCAAAUUAAUAAUUUUAAUGUAAUUUGUAGGGUAUAAUAAUAUUCAUCUAGUUAGUUUAUACAGGGGUUCUUUUUCGUGUAGCUAUACAUUAUUUUACUAGACUUGCCUAUAUGAUUUAGAACCUUACAUAAGUUUUAUUUUUCCGGUGGUAAUAUUGUUCCUAAUACCAAAAAUAUAUGUUAUGUAAUUCCUACUAUGGAGGAAAUGGGAGAUAUUUAUCUAGAAACAAUAUUAUGAUAUUAAGUUUUGCUUAUAAAAAUAAACGCUAGAUAGAAUUGUGUGCGCUAUAGUUCAAUGUCAUAUUCAAAGCAAUAUAUAUGUAACCUAGUUGGACAUGAGACUUAGACAAAAGGCAAUAACUUUAUGUAGCAAAUAAUUUUAAUAUCUAAGCCCAUUUAACAAAUUUGUGUUAGAAUUAUUGAACCCCAAAUUAUUGUUUGUUUUUUUUUUUUGAAAAA